AUGUACAAUCAGAUAAAAGAUUGCAGUGAUCUAUUUAUAAAUAACUUACGUGAAACUUUAACAGAAACUAACGAAAUCGACUUCAAGACUGCUUGUUCCAAAUAUUUUGCUGACGUUUUAGGCACCUGCUUUUAUGGACUACAAAUGAACAUUAUAGAAGAUGAAACAUCGGCAUUUCACAAGUAUGGAAGUAUUGUCUUUAAACCGUCACUUAAGAAUUUAGUUAGGGAGAUAUGUGUAAUGAUCAACCCUGCACUAUUGAAAUGGUUAAGGGUUACCGAUUUCCCAUCGGAAUCUGUACUGUUUUUCUCUUCUACCAUUUGGAACACAAUUAAGUACAGGACGGAAAACAAUAUUGUCAGAAAUGAUUUUAUUUAAAUCUUAAUGGAUGCGAGAAAAGAUUUAAUUUCAAACAAAAAUAUAAUAUCCGAAAGUAUGCAUUAUUUUUGUAAAUAUUAAUCAUUUUUAAAAUUCGUCACAUUUUUCUAUGGCUGUUUUUUAUAUGUUUAUUUCAGAAAAGCUUAUUGAUGCUAAUAUAGCAUCAAAUGCUUUUAUAAUGUUCACCGGCGGUCUGGAAACAUUGUCUAGUUCUAUGAGUUUUCGUCUAUAUGAACUAUCGCUGAAAAAACAUAUCCAAGACAAAGCACGCAAUGAAAUUAGGUGUAAAUUGUCUCAGCAUGGUGGAUCAAUAACCAACGAUUUUUUGUCUGAACUUAGCUACUUAGGCAUGAUCAUAAACGGUAUUCUAUGUACUAUUACUAAUACUUUACUCUCCUAACCUCAUCCGCUAUUUUUUAACCGUGAUUUUAGUAUUUUCGCUUAUAUAUAUAUACUCGAGCAACACCAAAUAAUUUAGCUUAUAGUAUAAUAAAUAUUAUUUUUUUUUUGUUGAUUUGUGUUACCCCGGUAACAGAGAUGAAAAAAAAAUUGUGGGUAAUUAUUAUUUGAAAUUAGUCGGAAAAUAUCAUGUGGUCAUUAAAAUCGGUUUAGUCGUUCUUGAGUUAUAAAUGGUGUAACUAACCCGACUUUGUUUUAUUGAUAUAAGAUUUUUGUUUAUUCAAGGGUUGCCACGGAAAAGAAAACUAUUAUAAUUAUUUUUAUUAAUUACACUAUUCAAAUUUCACAAUAGAAUACAUUUAGUCCGCUGAAGGUGGACUAUUCACUUUUCACCUAUUUGUGUUUAUUUAAUUCUAACACGGACAAAACCAAAAAUGAUAAUAAUAAUAAUGCAAAUUGGCAAGGGCAACGCGGGGCACGAGACAGCUAGUUUUCUUUAAUAGUAUUAGUUUAAUAUUGUAACUAUUUUCCAGUUUUACCUACGUUUUUCUCGGUUUUCCAAAAAAUGAGAUUUUUAAAGUUCCUCCCCAGUCAGAUUUCCUUUUAAAAAAUGUGAUAUCAUUGUAAAUCGGAGGAAAAUUGCUGGUAGAAAGUUGGUCACAGAUAAAAAAAAAAAUAAUCAUUAAAAAACCAAUACAUUCCUCGCUCCACUCAGAAUCUAAAAUUAUUAUGUUACGUAAUUUUUUUAAUCUUUUUUUAAAUAAAAUAAUUUUAUUUAUCCUACCUGUCAAACUAUCCACCUAUAACAGUGGUCGAGUAUCAGUUCUUUAAUUUUAGAUUCUGAGUGAAACGAAUUAGUGCAUGGUUAUACAAAGAUGUUUAUUUUUAUUUUUAUAGAUAACUUUUCUACUAGAAAUCUUGCUCCGUUUUUUAAGUGUAGCACUUUUUCAGAAAGUAAAUCAAUGUGGGAAUGUUCUUCAAGGAGGUCAUUUUUCGAUUCUACAAAGGAGUUUUUUCAACAAAUUUGAAAAACCCAAAGAAAAUUGAGGAAAAACGGGAAGCUUAUGAGCUAAGAUAUUUGAGCUAUCAUAGGGUGUCGAUCGAAAUUAUUUUGUUGUAUUUGUAUUUUAGAUUCUGAGUGUAUUGAAAAAUGUAUUGGUUUUAUAAAGAUGUUUAAUGUUUUUUUUUUUUUUUUAUCUUGUGUACACAAAUUCUACCAGAAAUCUUGCUUCAAUAUUUACGCGCGGAAUCAUUUCUGAAAGGAAUUAUUGUUCAGAUGGUACUUUUGGGAGGUCAUUUUUUGAUUUUUAAAGCGGUUUUUUUUAUAAAAUCUGGGAAAAACUAGGAUAAAACGUAAGAAAAACGAGAAGUUAAAAAAAUAAUGCUUUUAUUAGUAUUUCAAUUUUGUUAUUUUUUUGUAAGUCAGUAAGUCAGUAAGUCAGAUAUUUGUAAAGACUAAACAUGUGUACAGAAAACUUAUAUUUACUUUUUUAGUUAUGGUAAAAUUUUCAAAAUAUUUGAGCCAUUUCUAGGUUUUUUGUAAACAUUUUAAUUUUAAAUGUUAAAUUUAUAUCUGUAACCGAACGAUCAAACAUUAUUAACGAAAAAUGAUUUGAAGCGACGUUUAGUUAUACAUGUUUUGAAAAACCUUAGUAUUUACGAUUUUCGUCAAAAUUUGAUAUUAAAAUUACGAGUUACGAAAAACUGGGAAAAAAUCUAGGAAAUACGUCAAAGUGUAAGGUAUUUGUUUUUUUUGUUGAUAUUCGGUUCAAAAUUAUUGUAGAGACUCAUAUUAUUGGCUUUUUGUAGACGUGGUAAAUACAUUCUUUCUCUUCACUUCAAUGUAGGAAACAUUGCCUUUAUAUAUGUAAAUCAUUAAAACGGUCAGUUUUUUUUAAUAUUUUAAAUAGUAAUAUUAUAUUUAAUCAUGGGUAGGCACCUAUUUGACUUGAAGUAUGUACAGCUUGUAAACACACUAAACUGUAUCCUUUGUAAAAUGUACACUGGUGAAGCCGGGUAAUACAGCUGGUUUGAAACUAUGUAUUGUAGUUACGUGGAGUUGGUCCCCCGGAAUUAAAGUUAUGUUUCCUCAGUACGGUUAAAUUUAAAACAUUUCAUCGAUUUUAUUCGAAUAUUUAUUUGAAUGAAUUGUCAUAGCAUGAUUUUAUUCAAAAAUUUUGUUUUUCAAUUAAUAUAAACUAGCUAUAUUCGUUGCCCAUGUUUUACGACUAAUAAAAUGACCGUUAAGAAUAAUAAUUGCUUUGUUUUUAUUCUCAAAAAAGUUUUUUUUUAAUGUCUACUUAAAAAAUCUUUUUAUUCUUUUAUUUAUAUAUAAAAAAAAAAAAUGAUUUUCUUGUUCAUAGUGACUAGGUAUAAUAAAUUAAUUUUCAAUAAAACCGUCUUUACAUGUAUGAUUCACUAUUCCCCCAUUUUGGUGCUGGAGUUUGGACAGUUUAAAUACGAAAAUUGAAUUUAGUUUAUUAAUCGAACUCAUGUUAACUGUUUUGAGUGUUCCCUUGAUCAUUGUUUUGAUGUUAUGUAUUGAAAUUUAUGGUAUUUUCGUUUAAAGUUUUGUAUUGUUACACAUUCGUGAUUACGUGGUGUGCGAUGCUUGAUCGCGCAAAAGUUGAUAAACACUAAAUAUUCGAAAAAUAGUAUUUAAGCUUAUUAUUAAUAUAUUACGUGUGUGGAUAUUUACUCACUAAAAAAUUAAAAUAUUGAGCUUCCUAGGACAAUUUCUUCGUCCUCCUAUAAGGUGGUAAAGUUUCCUAUUUAAAAUACAUUGGUUUUUUCGUUUAUUUUGAAUUUUGUUUGUUUAAUGCCUCAAAAAUUAACGUACAAUUUUUCUAAGAAUUAUAUGCCACUUUCUUUCUGUUGAUUAAACAUAUAGUGGCAUAUAAUUCUUGAACAACUUUUUUUGGGAAACUUUACUUCGUUACAGGAGGACGAAAGAAUUGUCCUAGGAAGAUCAAAUAGGGCUCAAUAUUUUUAUUUUGUUUUCUAGAACAAAGUUAGAGGGCGUCCAAAAUGAAAUUCCCCUAUCACCCAAAUAAGAACCACCCUAAUGUAAAUAGUCAAAUAAUUUAAAUGAUACUCUAAAAUAUGGUCUUAAUCUAUAUUUUCGUUGUCAAUUAGGGGCCUUUGAAUAAGUUAAUUUUUAGUUAUUAGAACAUACUUCUCUAAACAUGUUCACUAAAUAUUUCGUCGCUUUUAUUUCUGGAGCAAUUUACAAGUGGCUUUACUUCGUCCUCUAAAAUAUUAAAAAGCACGUCCAUUUUGAUGUACUACUCAACAUCGACUGACCAACAUUUUGUAAUUCCAAACCACACAAUUAUAAUCAUGCAGCACAUGUAUAAAAGCACCACGCUAUUACGGAUGCGUCAAUGUAGGAAACUAAGGCUUAACAGUCUCUUGUAUUUGUGUCACUGUUAUAUUACAAUGCGUACAUAAAAUAUGUAAUUAUACGUACAUAAUAACCACAUUUUGAUAUUUAGAAACACUCCGGAAGUACCCUACAGUCCACGCUUUGUUUAGAGAAGCAUCACAAACAUAUCAUAAUGUAUAUUAGAUAUUGCUAAAGGACAAAAGAUAAUAAUUCCAACUUAUUAACUGCAUUUAAAUCCAGAGUAUUAUUCUGAUCCCGAAGUUUUUGACCCGAAGAGGUUUUCACCGAAGAAAAAGAUCAAUGGUCUCAAUGGUACAUAUAUUCCAUUUGGGAAUGGACCACGGAUGUGUUUUGGUAAAAUAAAUCACUACACAAUUCUAUAUUUUUAUGAUUAUAAAUUUAUUUGUUAUUAUAAUAUAAGUUAAUGUUGUUUUUUAUAGCGAAACGCUUUGUAAGUGUUACGUUGAAAAUUGUUCUAAUUGAAGUAUUAUCAAAAUACGAAGUGGAACCAAACGAGAGAAUACAAAUUCCUAUUACAUUUGAUAAAGGUUCUUUAGUAGUUUUGCCAGAGAGUGAAGUUCAGUUAAGACUAAAGUUGAUGAUGAUAACGCGUUGA